UGUCGCGUGAUCAGCUGACAGGAGGUUUGUCCGUGGGAGAAGCAGCUAAAAACAAGCCGAAUCCAGCAGUAUAUUUGUUUUUAAUUUGUCACGGAGGGAACCUUUUCGUCGAGAAGCCGUCAGCUGACAGGAGAUGUUUCAGUAGACAGCUGUUUCUGACACAUCAUCAUAAUGUCGGGGAACAGCCUGGUUCUACCCAUAGUGCUCUGGGGCCGCACGGCUCCCACCCACUGCAUCAGCAGCCUGCUGGUGAUGGACGACUUCAGCACCAUCAUCACAGGCUGCCAUGAUGGACAGAUCUGCCUCUGGGACAUGACGCCUGAGCUGGAGAUUUGUCCCAGGGCCAUGUUGUUUGGUCACACAGCCUCCAUCACCUGUCUGUCUAAAGCCAGUGCGUGCAGUGACAAACAGUACAUCGUCAGUGCAUCAGAGAGUGGAGAGAUGUGUUUAUGGGAUGUAAAUGAUGGACGUUGUAUUGAGUUCACAAAGCUGGCCUGUGCCCACACUGGCAUACAGUUCUAUCAGUUCACCAUAGGCACCCAGAGGGAGGGACGUCUGCUUUGUAACGGCCAUUACCCAGAAAUCCUUGUGGUGGAUGCCACCAGCUUGGAGGUCCUGUACUCGCUGGUGUCCAAGAUCUCUCCUGACUGGAUCAGCUCCAUGAGCAUUAUCCGAUCCCACCGAACACAAGAGGACACAGUGGUGGCGGUGUCAGUGACGGGGAUUUUGAAGGUCUGGAUCAUCACAGCUGAGGUCAGCAGGAUGCAGGAGCUGGACCCGGUGUUUGAAGAAGAGUCCAAACCCAUCUACUGUCAGAGCUGUCAGAGUAUUUCCUUCUGUACUUUCACUCAGAGCAGCCUGCUGGUCGUCUGCUCUAAAUACUGGAGGGUGUUUGAUGCAGGUGACUACUCGUUGCUCUGCUCAGUGCCCAGUGAUAAUGACCAGGCCUGGACCGGAGGAGAGUUCAUCGCCGCAGACAAAGUCAUCAUCUGGACCGAAGACGGCUGCAGUUACAUCUAUAAGCUGCCUGCCAGCUGUCUGCCUGCUAGUGAACAUUUCCGUAGUGAUGUUGGGAAAACUAAAGAAGGCUCGAUCCCUCCGCUGGUCUACAGCAUUGCUGACCGCUCAGACAAACAGCUCCUGAUCUGUCCUCCUGUGACUCGGUUCUUCUUCGGCCGACGGGAGCCCUUCCACAAGCUGCUGAUCCAGGGAGACUCAGCGGGCAGAAUGUCCCUGUGGAGCAUCCCAGACACCUCACCUCUGCAGCCGCUGUCAACCGCUGCAGAGUUGCAGGUAUCGUCCACCAUCAGUCUCCAGGAGGCGUUUGAUAAGUUGACCCCCGUGUCUUCAGGGAUCAUCGACCAGCUCAGCGUCCUGCCUGGCAAAGAAGAACCCAUCAAGGUGACGGCCAGCGUCUACAUCCCCUCUCAGGGUCGACUGGUGUGUGGAAGAGAAGAUGGCAGCAUCAUCCUGGUUCCUGCCACUCAAACCGCCAUCGUCCAGCUGCUGCAGGGAGAGCACAUGCUCAGGAGAGGCUGGCCACCCCAUCGUACCCUGCGAGGUCAUCGGAACAAAGUGACAUGCGUCCUGUAUCCGUAUCAGAUCUCCCCCCGCUAUGACCAGCGCUCGCUGGUGUCCGGAGGAGUGGACUUCUCCGUCAUCGUCUGGGACAUCUUCACCGGAGAGAUGAAACACAUUUUCUGUGUCCACGGAGGAGAGAUCACCCAACUCAUCGUCCCGCCAGAAAACUGCAGCACUCGAGUGCAGCACUGCGUCUGCUCAGUGGCCAGCGACCACUCCGUCGGCCUGCUCAGUCUCAGGGAGAGGAAGUGCAUCAUGCUGGCGUCGCGACACCUCUUCCCAAUCCAGGUCAUCAAGUGGCGUCCGGCAGAUGACUACCUGGUGGUCGGAUGCUCUGACGGCUCCGUCUACGUGUGGCAGAUGGAUACAGGAGCCUUGGACCGCUGUGUGAUGGGUAUAACAGCAGUAGAGAUCCUGAACGCCUGUGAUGAGCUGGCUCCAGCCACCGUGGACGCUCUCAGCCACCCGGCGGUGAACCUGAAGCAGGCGAUGACUCGCCGCAGCCUGGCGGCGCUGAAGAACAUGGCCCAGCACAAACUGCAGACUCUUGCCACCAAUCUGCUGGCUGCAGACAACGCUGACAAGGGCAACCUGCCGAAAUACUCCCACAAUGCCCUGGUGGUCCAGGCGAUGAAGACCAACCUGACGGACCCUGACAUGCAUGUGCUGUUCUUCGACGUGGAGGCAGUGAUCAUCCAGCUGCUGACAGAGGAAGCCCAGAGACCGAGCCCCACACUGGUGUCUCCAGAAACGCUGCAGAAGAGCCAGACUGGGGCCGACAAGGGGGGGUCCUUCCUGGCCAACAAGAUCUUCAAACAGGUGAAGGAGACAAUGAAGGAGACCAUCAAGGAGCACCUGCUGGACGAAGAUGAGGAAGAGGAGGAGGAGAUGAGGAGACGCGAGGAGAAGUCCAAGUCACUGAGUCUGCUGGAGUACAACCUGACGAUGGAUACGGCCAAACUCUUCAUGUCCUGCCUGCACGCCUGGGGCCUCAAUGAGCAGCUGGACGGCAUCUGUUUGGAGCGACUGGGCAUGCUCAGACCGCACUGCCCCAUCUCCUUCGGCCUGAUCUCCAGAGGAGGUCACAUGUCCCUCAUGCUGCCCACCUUCAAGGAGUCCUUGCUGCGGCAAUUGUCCCUGGCGACGGGUCGGAAGCUGGCGCUGUCAGACAUCGUUGGGAAGGGAACAUACGGCUUGUCGAGGGCCGUCACCACGCAGCACCUCCUGUCUGUCAUCUCACUGGCCAACACUCUGAUGGGCAUGACCAACGCCACCUUUGUCGGGGAGCACAUGAAGAAGGCACCGGCCAGGCCUCCCAGACCAGGAGGAACCCCGGAGACUCCUCGCAGGACGCCGGCCGCCCCCCCUCAGCCCUCCAACCCGGCGCUACAAGCCCAGAUCAAACAAGGUUGGAGCCAGCUGGCAGCCAUGCACUGUGUGAUGCUCCCUGACCUCCUGGGACUGGACAAGUUUAGACCUCCUCUGCUGGAGAUGUUGGCAAGGAGAUGGCAGGACCGCUGUCUGGAGGUUCGAGAAGCAGCACAAGCUCUCCUAUUGGCUGAGUUGAGAAGGAUUGGCCAAUCAGGGCGUAAGGACACCAUCGACAUGUGGGCUCCCUACCUGCCUCAGUAUGUGGACACUGUCAGCUCCCCCGGGACGACCACUGAACCCUCCCCUCCAGCCCCUCCCCCUCCUGAGGCUCAGCCAAUAGAAACCAAGGCUCCUGAGGAGGAAAUAGACGUCACGGAUGACGACAUCACUGCAGGCUGUCUGUCCAACCUUCCACCAAACGCCAAGAAGAUCUCCAACUCGUACGAGGAGCGCCGUAAACAGGCCACUGCCAUUGUGCUGCUGGGGGUCAUUGGGGCCGAAUUUGGCGCCGAGAUCGAACCGCCGAAGGGUUCAGUGAGGGCCCGAGCUGGCGGACAGGCGCCCGAGGGCUUUGGACUGACCAGUGGAGGAUCCAACUAUUCACUGGCUAGACACACAUGUAAGGCGCUGACCUUCCUGCUGCUGCAGCCCCCCAGCCCCAAGCUGCCCCCUCACAGCACAAUCCGCCGCACUGCCAUUGAUCUGAUUGGCCGGGGCUUCACUGUCUGGGAGCCGUAUAUGGACGUGUCAGCGGUGCUCAUGGGACUGCUGGAGCUCUGCGCCGAUGCCGAGAAGCAGCUGGCCAAUAUUACCAUGGGUUUGCCGCUCAAUCCUCCAGCAGAUUCCGCUCGCUCGGCCCGCCACGCCCUCUCUCUUAUUGCCACCGCCCGGCCUCCCGCCUUCAUCACCACCAUCGCAAGAGAGGUUCAUCGGUUCAACGCAGCCCAGGCGAACUCUCAGUCGCAGCAAAACGUUCACACCACCACACUGGCCAGAGCCAAGACUGAGAUACUGCGAGUGAUCGACAUCCUGAUAGAGAAGAUGCCUGGAGACGUUGUGGAUCUGCUAGUCGAGGUGAUGGAUAUCAUCAUGUACUGUAUUGAAGGUUCUCUGGUGAAGAAGAAAGGGCUGCAGGAGUGUUUCCCCGCUAUUUGCAAGUUCUACAUGGUUGGUUACUGUGACCGCAGUCAUCGCAUCGCCGUCGGAGCUCGCCAAGGCUCAGUGGCCCUCUACGAUGUUCGCACGGGAAAAUGUCAGAACAUCCACGGUCAUAAGGGCCCAAUCACAGCUGUGUCGUUUGCACCUGAUGGCCGUUACCUAGCAACAUACUCCAACGCUGACAGCCACAUCUCCUUCUGGCAGAUGAACACCAGUCUGCUGGGCAGCAUUGGGAUGUUGAACUCGGCCCCUCAGCUCCGCUGCAUUAAGACCUACCAGGUUCCUCCGGUGCAGCCGGCGUCUCCAGGCUCCCAAAAUCACCUGAAGCUUGCCCGCCUCAUCUGGACCUCCAACCGCAAUGUCAUUCUGAUGGCCCAUGAUGGCAAGGAACACCGCUUCAUGGUCUAAUCCAGAUCUGUAUCUCCAGCUGAGCUCCUGUUCUAGUAUCUGACAGACCUUGUCCUGUUCUUGGGGUUUUUGCUCUUGAGCCUGAGACUGAAAAGCUGCAGAAUUAAUUCACCAAAUGGUCACUUUAGUUUCAAUUUUUUUAAAAAAGAGUUAAAAAAUGAGUGAAGCUGAUUGUAAAGGUUUGGGUGUUCACUGGGAUUCAUUUAAAGGUUGGUCUUAAAAAACACAUUUCACCUGAAUAUUUGAAAUGAUCUAACUGCAGUUUGGCAAGAAAAGUAAAAACCCAGAUCAGGUCCGGGUAUAUCGAUAUAUUAGAGGUGAUUGUUUUUUGUUUUAUCUCCUACAGUGAUUGCUGUGAGGAAACUCACUGUAAGAUAUUUAAAGGCUCUGAUAGAAGGCUUGUUUACAGUAUGAUUUGCGUUGAUGUAUUUUUAGUUGUUUACACCUUCUUGUCAUUCCUAUUUAUUAGCUGUUUCUGCUGGAUGUCAUAGAUCCCCUUGGUCGCCAUCUUGCUGCAACCAUUUUAGGUCCCACCUUUAUUUUAAGUCAUCUUUUUACUUGCAACCAUUUGGCCUCCCGCCUAGCUUUUAGUUUAUUUCAGGUAGUCGUGCUAAAUCUUAUUACUACAUGUUUGCAGAUAUUUGUUGAUUUAUUUUGCAAAACACUGAUUAGAACAUGGAUUCAAUACAGUGACUCAAAAAUGAAUCGACAUUCUUUUGAAAACUCUCCACUAAACAUGAUUUUUUUUUUUCAUUGCUGGAAUAAAUCAUUUCAAGUAGACUAUUGAGAAUGAAGCUCUGACCUCUGUAAGACAAGUACACACUUUUCACAUUUCAAACUGCAUGUACGUGUGUGUUUGCCCGUGUGAAUACUUCAGUGUUUGCUUUUACUCUUCUGGCACCUUGGAAGCUUUUCCAUCCUUUCUGAGCUUCAUGCAGAAAUGUGUGUGUGUGUGUGUGUGUGUGUGUGUGUGUGUGUGUGUGUGUAUGUGUUUACACCCAAGUGUAUUUUUGCUGGUAAACACACAUUCUCACUUCAUACUGCUCGUCCUAAAAGCACGAUCACAGUAAACUUUAGAUGCUUGAGGUGCAGCACUACUCACUGCAGAUAUAAGAAAAAUCACCUAAGUAAAAAAAAUAAGGCAGAUCAUUAUACCAGUUACAUUUUAAGGGUGUAACAGCAGCACUGAAAGGUUGUGGGGUUUGAUGCAAUGUAAGGAGUACUAGUUUCUCUGGAGUUACAGUCAUUUCAGGAUGUAAAAACUCUCCUGGAGGUUCAGAUGUUUGACAAAAAACAGUGGCUGCUUCUUUUUUGCCUCAUAUAAGCCCUCAAGUCUCUUUUUUUGAGGGACUGUGUGUUUCUUUGCAGAUGAUGACGCUUCAUAUUUAAUUGAUCGAUGUUAAGAUUCCUCUUCUUCUUGCAGCUUUCUUCUUGCAUUCACCCUGCUCCCUGCCAUCUGAUGUUCAGGAGGGCAGAUAAAAAAUGUGUACAUAUACAGUAUAUAUAUAUAUCAUCAGAGCUGCUGUGUAAUGUAGUCUGGUGUUUAUCUUGUACAGUGAGUGUCUGUCCUGUUUGGUGUAUUUAUUGUGGCUAACGUGACUGUCUGCCUGGCACUGACUAGUUCUUCAGAUCAGUGAAUCUUUUAGUACAUUUAAAUCUUGAUUUUUUUUUUUGACGUUCGAGUCGUUUUUUUUACCCUCAGCCAGUUGGAGAAAUUAAAAUGCCAGAAUUAAGAUACCAGUUGAAAUACCAGAAGAAAUGGAAAAACAGGAUAAAAAUUAAAAACAUCACAAUAUAACAUUUGCAUCUUAAGGUGUUAGAUAGAGAACUUGAGUCCUUUUAUUGAGGGAAACAGAGGUAAUUACUAGGACACAUUUACAGUAUAAAAGUAUAAAAGUAUAAAGUAUAAAAGAAAACUGCAUCUGUCCUCUUAAAUGUUACAAACAUUCCUCAUAAUUACCUGUUUAAAGAGCAACUUAACAGAAGCUAAAAGUUUUAAUCCUUCAACUUCUCACUUUGCUGCAGCGAAGUAGAAGUGUACUCCAGGAUGUGUCAGUACACUGUGACAUCAGUGUUAGCUGUGGUUACAGGUGCAACAGAGCACACACACUACAUAAUUUUAAAUCUGGCUUGGAAGUUUUCCAGCAUGACUCUUUACAGAUGACACACUUUUGCACAUUAUCACCGUAACUGUUGGCCAGGACCUUUUUUGCCUCAGAAUGGUGUCACUGUUUCAGUGCUCAAAGUUUUAUGCAGAGAGAGAAAUAUAUACGUAAAUGUAUAGAGAGAUAUUAGUUUAUUGAAUGACAGUUUCUGUCAGAAUCAGACUGUUAGUUUAGAUGUUUUUACUUUAAUUUAUGUGACUCUUAGAGGCGGCUGAUGUAUUUUUGAAGAAUUUUGUUUUAAGGACACAUCACUUGCUUUGCUUCUAUCUUUUCCACUCUUCCUUCCCCACCCUCUUCUCCUUCCUCCUGUCAGUUUCAUUAGUGCUGUCAGAAAGCUUCUAACACCGUUACACACCUGUAAACCCGAGCGUGUCAAAGCUUUUCACAAGUUCUUCCUCUAUUCAAAAAAAAAUAUCCAGCAGCUCGUCAGACCGGAUUUGAAAACACACACACACACUCACUCACAUGUCAAGUCCAGCAAGUCCAGACAGCUUUGAGAUCUUAAUCUUUCGUUUUCUCCACCACUCUUAACAGUUUGAGAAAGUAUGUUUUUGGCAGCCUCUCGGGGGAGGAAAGGUGAGAAAAAUGAAGAAGGCAGAGAGGAAGAGCUGAAGAGUAAGUAACAAGUGAGGAAGAUCAGGUCAUCCACCCAGAAAAAAAAGAGGAUCUUUGGUGAAGGUAGUGAACCGAAAUGUCUCAAAAGAACCUUCUGGUUUUUCUUCAAACGCAACAACAGGGAAAAAUAAGAUGAAAUGUAAGUAUGCGUCUCCAAAAACUACAGGGUUGGAACAUUUGAUAGUCAUAAAUGGAUCUUUACAGCAGAUUGACUCAGUCCUGUGAUUUGAUUAAAGAAAUAAUUACAUGAGAAUUUUUAGGGCGCUUUCUUCUCCCAUUUUCCCUCUCUCCGUCUUCCUCCUCUUUUCUUCCUUGGUUUCUUGUGAACACUUGAAGCAGCUUCACUCCAUCUCUCAGACUGUGUAAAACAAAGGAUUUACCUCAGUUUUCAACAUGUCUGAUGGGCGAUGACCAGCUGAUUCUGUGUUUUAAAACAGGAAAGUGUCUGCUUACAGUUUUCAACACCACACAUUCAUCUCUGACACAUGACUCAGCAGCUUCAUAUUUAGUGUAAAGAUAAAUCUGCCGAUAAAUUAUGAAUUUCACACUAAAUGUAAUUGUUUAUUAAUUUUGUUUUCAUUUUAAUGUGUAUUUAUUGUUUAUAAGUACAGUAAACUCCCAAUAUUUAAGAGUGUGUGUGUGUGUGUGUGUGUUUGUGUGUGUGAGAUGUAGAGCAUGUAUAUGAGCUUCCCAUGAUGUAACAGGUUGAAUCUACUGUUCAUCAUAUAAACAUGUGUUGUGUUGAAAUGUGUUGUUGUUAACUUUGUGUCCAAUAAAAAUUAAA